AUGCAAAUAAACACAACAAUUUUCGGUUGUUUCUUCCUUCCUUUUUCAAAGGAUUGGAAUCCUCUUGUGGCAUAUUCAAAACGAGUUUGGGCAAUGUCCGGUCACACUCCAUGCAUUUUUUUAGUGCUAAAAGCUCUUUUAAAUAAAUUUUUGAAGAUUCCAAAAACCCGACAUGGUACCACAAGAGAACAAAAAACUUAUAAGAAGGGCGUGAAAUGUUAA